UGGGGGCGCAGAGCAGGAGCGCGGUGCCCGGCCUUCCUUGCUCACUUCCUGAACUUAAGGUGCCACAUUCCUCCGUUUCGCCAGAAAGUCGUAUUCGGUGUACGAGGGAACAGAAAAAUCUCCCCAAAUCCCACAGCAGCAGCGGUGGCGAGCAAGGCUUUCGCAAGAGCGCAGAGAGGGCCAGACGCCGGUCGGCUUCCGUGGAAAAGACGCGCUUUCCACCCAACUCGAGGAUGAUUGAUUCACGCGGCGAAAGGCGGAGGAGGUCGGGCCAGGCCGCCGCCGCCGCGCGAAAGCGAACUUGGCGCAACUUCCCUCACGACGCCGCUCUUAAAAGUACCCGAAAGCUCCAUAACAUUGGUGGGGUCGCGCCGCCCCGGGCGCUGUGCCACCUUCCUGAGGGGAAUCCUCUCCCCUUCCAGUUAAAGGUUGGGGACGUGGGGCGCUGACUCACCGCGGUUGGGAUUCGCACACCCUUUUCUCCCCGCGCCCUCCAAAGUUCCCCCGUCCCCAUUGGAAGGGAGCGACACGCUGCGGCGGCAGCAGAAGCAGCAGCGGGAUCUCCUGGUUCCCCCAUCUCUUCUCGACCCUCUUGCGGGGGCCCCCACGGGCGCCCAAGGAAAAGAAGAAUGGAAAAAGAGGAAGCUCAAAGCACGUUGUGACCAGAUAAGACAAAAAGAUCAUUUGGGAGAGUUACACAAGACCGCUGCACAGAGAAAGCCACAGGGACGAGCAAUCCAUUCAUAGGCUGCAAGAGUUGCCAUAUCUUCUAUCCAAUGAUCAAAGGGGGCCAAAAGUAUUAUCUUCCCAGUGAAUCAAUAUUGGUCUUUUGGCAGAAGCAAGGGCAUGACGAGCCCAUCUGUGCUAAUGAGCUGUCAUACCCCAUAAAACUGGUAAAUAUACUUUGUACGCAUUUCUUCCUAAAAUGGGGGGUGGGGAGGCUAUAUGGUAUUCCUGUAAAUGUAUUUUUAUGUGCCUGUUUUUUGAACCAGAACUGUGUUACUAAAUCGAGAGAAUUCUGCUGCCUGACCAAGAGCUGCUUUCUGAUCUCUGUGUUAGUGCAGGACACAUGAAUUAGGUUGGGUUGCAUCUUAGCAUAAAGGAAUCUUGCAGUUUAGCACAUACAGUAAAGCAGGGAAAAGUUGGUUUUAACCUCAAUUUAAAAAGCAUACACUAGAUAAACACCACAUUUUUUUUUAAAAAAAAGGCAGUAUCAGAUAAUUUUAUUCAGUGGCUUUUAUACAUAGAAAGUCCUGCUUGUUGGCAUUCUUGGAGUUAUAUUUACAGGUAGGUAGCCGUGUUGGUCUUGUGUAGUCAAAACAAAUAAAAAAAAUCCUUCCAGUAGCACCUUAGAGACCAAUUAAGUUUGUCAUUGGUAUGAGCUUUCGUGUGCAUGGAUGAUAGUGAACUAAGGUUUCUCAACAUGGGCGCUUCAUUCUGUAACAAUUUUUUUUAUUAGUUUUCAUUACAGUUGUGCCACUGUCAUGAUCCGGCAGUUUGUUCCUGUGCUCACAGUGGCCAGAGACUCCUUAAACAACUCCCAAGCAACAGUUAUUCUGGCUCCUAAUUGAAAACUGUCUAAGUUAGGGAAAAGUCUCAGAGAGGCUUGACUGAGCAAAUAGGCUCAAUCAAUAGCAGUGCUGCCCUGGUAAGGUGUGGCAAUGCACCAUAUGACUGACAGGUGACAUCACUUGAUUGGUGGGUACCAUAGCUGCCAAGUUAUCCCUUUUUUACAGGGAUUUUCCCUUAUGCUGAAUAGGCUUCCUCGCAGGAAAAGGGAAAACUUGGCAGCUAUGGUGAGUACGCGUGACUUAAAAUAAAAAUUAAAUUGCCAGUUUGGAUCUCCGGAGGGUCAAGAUUAGCCCAGGGACUACCCUAUUUCUGUCCAAGAUUAUAGCGGUUCAGAUCUACUAUUAUUAUUUUAUUACAUUGUUUGAAAAUUAAUUUGGGGUUGUUGAAUGUGAUUCCAAACAGAGGAUUUACCCCAAAGAAAUGUAUUGCUUGUUUCUUUCAGGUAUAACCAAUGGAGCGUUUGGUGCUUCAGACGGUAGUGCUCUAUAUAGUAUUGCAUUCUGGCCUGUUUGAAAAUCAAGAUCGUAAUCUGUUUCAACCUAGAAACCUUGAGAUUUCCAUGAGGAUUCGUCUUCAGCAGCUAUCAGUGAAAUGGGAUGUUGGCAGUGAUUCUGAAGCAGAUUCUGAAACAGAAUUUGUUUUUAAUAUCCAAGUCAAUCGAACCGAAGAGAAGAUUAUUGACUUCCCAACAUUUCGUGAAGUUCCCAGACCCUGGCUUCUCCAGGAGAAUUAUACGACCAUUCUCAGUAAAUCAAAAAGACAUCUGCAAUGGAACUGGACUUCAGAAAUACCCUUGCAGUGUGCAGCUCAUGCAGUAAGGAUCAGGAGCAUGGUGAGGUUUUCAGAAGUUUGGAGCGACUGGAGCCCAUGGAAGAUAGCAGAUGAGGCCGGUGAGAAGAUCGUUGAAAUGGGUUCUGACGUCAAGUAUUGCUGCAUUGGGGCAGAAAACAAAAGUGUGCCGAAUUUUUACUUUGGUGAUAUGCAGAUGAAUGUUGGACUGCAACGAAGAGUAUUAGUUACUUUGAAAAAUGUUACUCGUUCCAAGAGACUUGGCUACACUAUCCAGUGUGCUUCCGAAAGUGCAUCUCUCUUUGUGACCAACCAGCCUGAUAAACCCAAAGACCUAGCCUGCAAGACAGAAGACAUGAUUAACUUAAAUUGUACCUGGGAUCCUGGUGAUAGAGCUAAAUAUACGAAUGCUGAUUUGCAAUGUCCAGCAAACUUCACAUUGUCUGAUGGUUCUUCCAACGAAACGUAUUGCAGCUCGACCUCUGUACCAUCCUGUUCAUUCAAGAUGGGCAAGCAAACCAUAUACGAUUUAAUACUGACAUCCAGAAAUUGCAUUGGAGAGAAACUUACCAAUCUUACUGUUGAUGUAGCCCACAGAGUUCAUCCUGCAGCCCCCUACAACCUCCUUGCAGGUUAUACAAACGCUACUACCAUCCAGUUACAAUGGCAGAUAAAUGAAACAAGCCAAGCCCUGUUGCUGUUAUGUGAAAUUCAUGGUGCUUCUCAUGAUGGGGAACAGAAAAAUGUUACACUGCAGUACAGUAAAGAUUCACAUCCCCAAAUUAUCCUGGAUGGGUUGCAGCCUUCUACAAACUACACAUUAAAAGUACGCUGUGGUGCUGCUAGACAUUUUUGGAAAUGGAGCAAAUGGAGCGAAAGUAAAACUAUCCCAACAGAUGAAGCUGCUCCAUCAGGGCAACUGGAUAUUUGGAGAGACAUCAACUCGUGUUUGGAGAACUGUAGCAUAACCAUAUUCUGGAAAGCAUCACCAGACUUCCAUGCUCAUGGCAAAAUUGUAAAGUAUGAGAUAUUGUGGGAAAAGUUAGCGGAACCUACUGAAACACAUCGCAGUGACAUAAGCCCCACAUUGAAUAAUUGCACCAUUUCCCUUGGUAACUCAUCUUACAAAAUCAGCGUCUCGGCAAGGAACUCUGUGAACGCAUCUCAUCCUGCUGUGAUUGUCAUCUCGGCAGCUGAAGAUGAUGGGAACAUGAAUUGCAGCAUGGAAGACACACAGAAUAACACAGAACAUGGCAUUUAUAUUGCUUGGCAGUCUCAAAGCAGGUUUGAUGGCUACGUCGUGGACUGGUGCAACAACCCGAAGUCCCAUCUUUGUGACUUUCAGUGGAAGAAGUUCGGCCCCAAUGACUCCAGUGCUCUCAUUACACUUGAUGCUUUCGAAUCUCAUGUGAGAUACACUUUCCGGGUGUAUGGGACUAUAGAUGGUAGAGCCCAUUUACUGGAAAAGAAGGCUAAAUAUCUUAACGAAUCAGACCCAGCUCAUGAGCCUGAGAAUCUGAAAACACAUACAGUGACUUCCCAUUCAUUUACCCUAACUUGGGAAUUUGAUCAUCUCAAUGAAACCCACCCAGGUUUUAUCAGAGGUUACUAUGUUUAUGUGAAAAUGGAACAUGGAAACUGCACAUUACAUCCAGACCAUCCAGUGCAUUGCAUCUAUACCAUUGAAGAUCCAAAUCUUAAGACUUUUACAGUGAGGAACUUGGAGUCCAGCACAAAUUACGAGGUUGGAGUUAAAGCCUACAGUGUCGGCUCACAAGCUCUCCCUAAGAACUUCAGACAAGUAUUGACACCCCCUGAGGAUGGCAAGUCUUAAUAGUCACUUAAUUUAUUAAAGCAGGGGUAACUAAUGUAAUGGCUUCCAGAUGUUGUUCCCUGAUCAUUGGGCACAUUGGCUGGAGGGGUAAAUGUUACUUGCAUAUUUUAACAAGGCAUUUAUGUGUAUGGCAAUUGUGAACAAGCUCUGUAGUUUGCUGAAUUCUGUCAUUUUUCAUCAGCUGCAGUGUUUUGACAAUGUGAAGUUGUCUUAUAUAGCGGGAGACAAGUUUCAUGUGUCCUUAGUCAUG